UGUUGCCCCUCCCUUGUCAUGUUUUUAAAGGGCGCCCGCCCUUCCUUCCGCCGUGCCUUACAUUCCCAAGUAACCGCGUUGAUCCACCCCCGAACUGACAUCUGUCGCGAUAUUUGGAAACACCAGCCUGCCCUUCUUCUAGGUAUUAUUAAGACCUGUCAAAUUUUGCGAUACAUUUGCCAGAGACUUGAACUCUAGUGUCGCGCACAAACCCCUGGAGGCUCUUACGCCUCAUCAAUGCUCACUGUCGAGCCAUUCUUCAGCCGUAGCCAUCUCUUCGGCCAGCUGCGAAGCAUCAUCGACAUGUCUACCUCGAGAACCAAGGACAUGCCUCGGCAGCAGACUUCUGAUGGAAAUGUCGGUGUCUCCCCAAAGAUACAAGCGUCUCGCGCGUCUGGCCGCCGGCGAAGAAACCGGAUUAUGCGACCUGAGCCAGGUUCGCUCUACGAUAUCAUGCGCGACCAUGUCGGAACCUCGCUCUUUGUCCUCCCGAUCUGUUGGACCGACCUCCAUGCGAACCUCCUUGGCGCGCACUUCGUUGAGCAGGAUCCGAUACUCAAGCCCGUGCCAGGGCCGCGUCUUUGCGGAUGGAACUCUCCUCCCCCUUCGCAGGCUGCUCAAACUUUAAGCCGGGAGUUGACAACUCUGCUCUCAGCUCAGGCCACACGACCAUAUUGCAAGACUCGCGCUAUCAAGAGCAUACUGACGAGAUUAUACCCCGCGACAUUCUCCAGACCCAAGACGUCGGCAGAGCUAGACCUGUACUUUGGUCCACGCGUCUUCCGAAAGGCCAUCCGACUUCCCGUCAUCUGGAAGCACCCCGAGUCGGCUGGGGCAUCGUUUGACUCGGCAAUCACUAGGUUGGCGACCUCCUUCGACACCAACCUGCCAAGCAGCUGCACUACAAGCCCCAGCAAUACCCCCGGGCAAUCGCCAUCACCCUUUCUCGCCUAUAUCGGUAGAUCCCAGCUCGCCGCCAUCCGGCAGAACCUGUUCAGAAUAUGUCCAGGUCCCGAAGGCGGCGAUCGAUACAACACCCCGGUUUUACGCCUGCAGCAGCUUCGAUCCAGGAUUCUCACUCCAGCCAAUACUGAUCACGACCCCCAUUUCGUCGCCAUCCUCCUUGCCAUGGCGCAAGCAUCUUUCUACAAUGAACCCUCGUCCAAGUCAUCGUCUCAGUCCUCAUCUCGCUGCGGCACAGGUGGAAGACCGAUAGAUACGCCCCCAGAGAGCUUCCACGAUGUCAAGGUUCAGCUUCUUACUCACGCCGAUGACACGGCAGACUUCAUCGUCUACACGGCGGUCGUCUCGGCCACCUUCCUCGAGCGCUUUGCCCAGCCGUCCAAGGCGCCCCAGGUCGCCGGCGACGAGCCCGUCGAGGCCGGCAUGAAGAUAUCCUUCACCCGCGUCCCCGUCUGGCCAGUCCUCGGCCUCAAGGAACGCCUCGGCAAGGCUCUUGGCCGCGACAUCGCCGGCGAUGCCAUCUUCGAGGACGUCGGCCCGGACGACAUUGAGACGUGGGAGAGCCAGGAGGAACGCCAGCAGCGCGAACAGCAGCGCAAGCGGAGGCGCGGGGACAGACAGGUUUUGGUCGAGGUGCUCAACAGUAGCUUCGAGGCCGAGGACGACACCGGCUACGCGAGCGACGACCGCCCUGUGUUGUCACCUGAUGCUAAGAGGAGGUGUACACGGGCGGUCAACCCGCUCGAGGUUUGCUAGUGGCGGCGGCGAUGCUGCUAGGGGACUGAACGCUGACGACGGAGAAGAAGGUCAAUACGGCGUUGGGUUAGGAGUUCGGAAGAGCGAUUGGAUGGCCCCAGGGCCUUUGUCUGAUACCAACACGGGCGUUUUAAAGAGGUAUGUUGGGAAAUUAUAGAAUGCAUG